AUGUCUGCAGUUGUUGUAGGCCGUACACCAUUUGAAUCCGAUGAUUAUGAGGAAUGCUUAACUAAAGAAGCAUCACAAGUUUACUAUGAAAGUACAUCACCUUUUGAAACCCUUGAAGGACCUGCUAAAGUCAAUGAUUCAACCUGGUCCCAAGAGAAGGCUUACAUCUUGUGUUCCAACUCCAAUCAACAAACCUAUUCAACAACUAGCUCCAAACAGCAAAAUCAAACCAGAAACUACUUUGCCUAUCAAAGUACUCGCGAUCAACCUGAAAGUAAUACUAAGACACCUCAAAAGAAGAAUAGUUUAUCUUCACACGUUCUGACACCACAAUGCCAAAACACACCACCUGGCUCUAUGAAUCACGAUCGCUAA